AUGAAUGCUCUUAUCUUAUCUAUGAUUAUCUUGAACCUUACUACAUUCUUCUUGUCAAGUGAGAGUCUUAAACCUCAUGACCAGUCAAAACAAAAGCUAUCAAGGCUUAAUUCACCUGCCCAAACCAGAAAAACAAAACCCCCUCAUGUACAAGCUGCAUUAAAACAAGCCCAAGCCCAGACAUUAAAGCAGCCAUCAAACCAGGUUUCACUUACUGGGAUUCGACCAAGAGCAUCUCCAUCUGUUUUAUCAAACUCAUGUCUGGCAUCUGCAUUUAAAAAAUCUCUGACUUCCCAGUCUACAUCCAAGUGCUCAUUACCUUUUCAAGAUACACUAAAGACGUCCACCUCUACCAAAAAGCAUUUUCUAGCUAACAACACUGCACUAAAGCAGCCUCAAUCAAAAUCAACUUCAGAAAAACAAAAUUUAAUCCACAAGUCUGCACCCAAACUGACCUUAGGAGACAAGUCUAAGUCCAAACAGUCAUCUCUCACCGAGACUGGUAUAAAAAGAAAGGAAAUUGAUAAGCCUAAACCAAAACAGUCAAAAGUUACCAAGUCUACACCCAAACAGACAUCGUCUUCACCCAAUACAGGGAAAAGGUCUUCAGUUGCCAAUGCUACACAGAAAUCAACUAUAAAGACAACAAAACGAAAGACUCCCACUGCCAAACCUGUACUUAGACAGACGUCAGCUUCCCAAGGUGCAGCACGGAGCCAUCACGUGCCUAAGUCUAACAGAGCAAACUCUAAAGUUCCUGAGAGUAACACAAGGCGAGUUGCUUCUAAGCGGUCUCCACCAAACAACUUAACAGGCUCCAGGUCUACUACAAGAAUUACUAAGUCCACAGACAAAAAGUCUCAAAGAUGCAAUUAUGAUGGAAACCAGAAUCUACCUUCCAAAAACAAACAAAGGAAGAUGAGACCUUUGUGCUCUGUUAACCGGUCUUCAGGGUAUCCAGCAUUACCACUUACAGGUAAGCAUCGUGUGCGAAAACCUCAUCCACCACCAUCUCGUCCAAUAAAAUCUCAGUCCUCUCGACUUCGACCUCAGACAUCUAAACCUCAUAAGCCUUGUCCACAUCAACCAAAAAAGCCGCCAUCAGAGAUUUCCAUAGAAGCAACUACUGCAUCACACACAGCACCGGCUACUGCUUUUGCAAACAUCGCCAAGACAGCCACUAGAGGAGCUGAUGUUACUACUAGCACGGCUCCAAUUACACCUACUGCAAAAGCCCUUACCACUCUCCCACCUACCAGCACUAACCCCACGUCUCAAGUCACCACCCUGUCUGCUGCUCCCCCCAGCACAGGGCAACAGACAACCACCCUUGAAGGUGAUGUAACGAUGGCUGUAACUGAUACUACCGCUGCUGCCAUUGAUGAAACCAUUUCUGUCAUUGAAACCGCUACUGUUAAAACUGGCACAACUAUUCAAGAAACUGCAGUAACUGUGACUGGCCCCACAGUCACUAUAGUGAGCACCAAGAGUGAAUCUCACACUGUGACCAACCCUGCCACCUCUACAGAGGUCCUUAAAACCACAACAGCUGCUCCAGGAGCGGACACUGCUACCUAG